AUGCCUACUAUCAGCAAAAAGAACUCGAACAAAGAGUAUCGUGAGAGAAUAAAAGAGCGCACCAGAGCAGGACACUGUGGCUACAGCCUUUCAUGUCCAGAUGCACCCGGACAACACACAUAUUGUGAAUUUCACCGUCGCCAUCGAGCUACUAAGCAAAGAGCAAAGCGCGCUGAGAAUAUCCACAGGCACGCAUCGACAACUAGUCUAGAAGAUUCUCGCGACGUGACGCGCCAAGCUCCAUCGGCUCCACAAGCACAAGCAGCAUUGCCCACGCGCGCUGUCCAUGCGCCAAACGUAUCGUGGCAGAAACUAUUUUGGGUUUCUUUCCCUGACACAAAGCGACUCGACGAGACGGCCACUCUCGCUAUUCAGCUUUUCCCCGAGGACCGCGAGAGCCUUGGUCACGAUCCCUGGCUAGCAGAAGCCUGUUCGAUGACAUUGCACAACACUGUCAUACCGUCUGGUAACGAGGACUGCUUCAUACACCAAGGCCUAGUCACGGCACUAGCCACGAAAGCACUGGCUCAGAUUUCCGUCGAUGCGCAUACAUGGGACUGGCUGGCAACCCAACUCCAAGGGAACCUACUGUCCAGGUCCUGCACAGAUAAAGAUGGGAAUGCGCUGCACGGCAUACUAUUCCUGCAUUGGACCACCAACGAGCCCACGAACCCCACCCUAGACAAGGUCUACAGCAAGGUACGCCUGUUAAAACACAUCCACCCAGCAUCGUUUCGCGUCUACCCAAACGAGAAUGAAGCCGAGCAAGAGAGGAACAAGCUAGGGGACAUUCGGGCCUUAGACGAAGUCGCUUCUUCGUCGCCGCAAGAGUUUUCUUACCGGCCCAGGACAUGCUAUGGGCAUGGUCCAUGCAAGCUCCGCGAUUACCAGACAACGGUCCACAAGAGGACACAGAGUGGCUGCGCGAUGCACGUCCAUGUUCGGAAACGUGGAGACCAUCAUGAACUUACCUGUCAGCCAGAGGCGCAAAUGCUGGAGACUACGUCGCAGAACAGCCGAGGUCGGAAAAAGAAACCGAUAGUGGCGUCAAAGUCAUCUAGGACACCAGCACAUAGUGCUGAUCAUUCGGCACAUUGGUUCCACCAAGAGUUCGUCCCGUCACUACAGAGCUGUGAGUUUCGAGUCUUCAUUGCCACUGAACCAAGCAAAAAAGGCAUCCGAGGUCGGAUUGGUCAGGUUAUUGCCAUUGCGAAGACUUCCUUUAAUAGUGAUACACAAGCACUCGCGGUACGAGAGUUCCUUCCAGAAGACUUAGAGCCCGCAUUGACCCGGUUGGAUCUCGUUCGAUUUGCCCUCUUUGUCUUUGAGAGGCUACGCGCGCGACCAGACAGUAUGAUCUUCUUUGAGUCUCUCGAAGUUGGCGUGCGUCUUGAUAUCGGCGUUGCCAACACUAGGACUGCUAAAAAGGCUUUCUUUGUAAACGAAAUCACACGGUGGUACGGAGCACACUACUUCUCUUAUCACAUCUGCGCAGAACCAAAGACGCAAAUAUGCAAGGCGUUUGCGGGUGCCUUUGCCAUGGUUAUUAACUCUGGUACGGGGUGCGUAUCCUAG